GAACAGGUCGCGAAGGGGGAAAGGAGGAGCCAAGAUGGCGGCGAAAGUCGGUGGCGGCGCGGGAGGCGGCGGCGGAGCCAACAAGAACGGGAUCCUGGAUAAGUGGAAAAUCGACGACAAACCCGUGAAAGUGGACAAAUGGGAUGGGUCAGCAGUGAAGAAUUCUCUGGAUGACUCUGCCAAAAAGGUCCUUUUGGAAAAGUAUAAGUACGUAGAGAACUUCUGCUUGAUUGACGGGCGCCUUAUCAUCUGCACCAUCUCCUGCCUCUUCGCCAUCGUGGCUUUAAUAUGGGACUACCUUCACCCCUUUCCAGAGUCGAAGCCGGUGCUUGCCGUCUGCGUGGUGUCAUAUCCUUUUUCCGCUGCUCCGCGUCUCAAAAGAGACUCCUUUGCUUCCCAUUUGUUGCUGGUUGCUCUGUUGGGCAACCCAGAAGCCCAGAGCUGA